AUGUUCGCCUCUUCCAGGAGUGAUCCAGUCAAUUUCGACGUGGCCUCAUUGUUUUUCAAAGAUCCCGACUUCACCUUCUUCGAGUCGCGGGAGUUCUUCCUGUCACCUUCAUCUGAUUGCGACCUGGACCUGGACAUCAAGUUGAGCAAAGUACCCAACUCCACGAAAGCCAAGCGCUUGCAGCAUGAGCAGCGCUUCAAGGUGAAACAACUCGCAGAAGGAUUGAAGGCGGCAAAUGCGUAUCAGCUGGGACAUGCCAGCAAAGUUGUGGAAAAUGUCAAGGCCCAGGCCGGGGAAGAGAUUCCUGCAGUGGAACUUCACAUGUUCCCAGAGAACCCAUUGCAGCUCAACUCAACGUGGAUGGCAUUGAUCAUCCCAAAAUCCAAAGAAAUGUUUGGCAAGACAGUGUACCUUUGUCGACCACCGGAGCAGAACAAACAGCAGCAAUGCAUAGCCCAUUUGACGUUUGACCGGGCGCCACUUCGACUCUUUCGCAGCUGGAAUUGGGCCUUGGAUCCCGUGAGAUCCAUGCCUCAUAAGUGGCUACUUUGUUGGGAACUUUCUUUGGCUGGCAGUGUUCUUACUGCGACCUGCCUUGGUCUGUACAUGUUAACGAGACUGCUGCAGUCCCUUCGACAAGAUGAGAAAGAAGAUGUGGCGACUUUGGCUUGGGUGCCCAAGACCUACAAGUUGGCGUCGCAUGCCAACGUCCACAGUGCGGUGGAUGGAGAGCUUACGGAGACCUUGGACGCAUGCCAGGAGGUGUCUGUGCUUGAGCUUCAAUACUCCGGUAACAUCAGAGGGGACUUGUUGGAGCGCCUACUACGAUAUGCGAAGAGCACACUCUCUUCGACGCCUCAGACAGUGUGGGGUCGCUUGCAGGUGCCGGAAGGAUGGAUUGUCUUGCACGAUGGACACGACGGCACUUCCAAAGUUGUCUCAGAAAGUGACCGGGCACCAUACCGUGCUAAUCAACAACUUAUGAUUCCACUUUUCUCUUUCUUUCGUAGGGAAGUGGUGCUUGCAGCAAGCCAUGCUUCUGCACAGUGGCUUCUUCUUGGCAAAUUGGCCGGCCUGAUGCGUUUGGAGGUCUUCAUCGGCAUUGUGUUGAGCUUCUUCUCUGUCCAUGUUUUCGUAGUAUAUGAACUCACUUCUACAGUCCAGUGGGGUGUCUACUGCGACGAAGUCUUAGAACGAGAGCGGCAACGCCUACGGCCAAGUGACAGGAGAACUAUACAGAAUUUUUCGGUGAUUCUACUGGUCUUGGCUGUGACCUUUCUCUUUGGCCUUGCAACGUUGGAUACACUCUCCGACUUCCCAUCCGCCCUGUGCUCCAGUGUGGCACCCUUUGGGGCAGUGUUCAUACAUUCCUUGGAGCUGAGGGCAUGUGUAACAGGCCUCAGCAAAUGGAGGGAACCGCAACUCACUGGCGAAUACACGGACUAUCCAGGAGAAACAUUACCAACCACGACCGCAGCAGGAUCUACAUCUAUGACUUUGAGCAAGAAGAGAGAAAUUCACUCCCUUUUGGCCGGUUUCUUUUCCUUGGUGGUGGUAGCAACUGGCUUGGUCGUUCUGAUUAUGAUGGGCUCCGAUGUUUCUCAGAUGCAAGGCGUCCUGGUGGACUAUUCUUUCAGUGAAGGCCACUUGGUCUACCUUUCGCAAGCUACGGCUUCACAGAACACCUUGCUACUGCACGAGUCCACAGAUUCAGUGAACUUUGUGCUUGAACCCGGAGCCUUCACGAAGAACGUGACUUUGAAGUUGGAACAUUUGCAGUUGGAGGACCAAACUUUGACCGUGCCCUUACUGGGUGAGGCUGAAGCAGAAGGGACGCAACCCAUGCUGAAAUAUCAGCUCAAUUUGCCGCAAGGACCACUUUACACGCGGGUCACAGUUGAAGCUCAGAGCGCACUCAGGAUUAAAGCCACUCAGUAUACUUUCCACUUGGUGCGCGUGGGCGAAUCCAUUGAAGUCUCAUUGACAGGUGAGGUUGCGAAAGGCUCGGAGCGCGUUCCUUUUGCGGAGCGCAGACGGUGGGAGUAUCAGAAGCAGAAUGCUGAAUGGUAUGUUCCGGAGCUUGUGGGCAAUUGCACGCUUGAAGUGGAACUCCAAUCCAUUUCAUUUGCCCCACUUGGCCCAGUCUCAGAAGAAGAUGAACACAGGUCUCAUUUGCCUCGCUAUUCGCAUGGAACCUGCCUCUGUGGCGCCGAAGAAUCAGGUUUCGGAAACGAAUGCUCGAAGGAGGAGAAGGUCUUCACUGCCGCAGGUUUCAUGGGGUCUACCUCCUCAUCCUCACCCAUCUGUCUAUUUCUUCGAAGCGCCAAGACAGAUGUCCAGAUUCAGCCCAGGACAGGAAGUCUGUCCGGAAAGGGAUUGGUACAAUGGCUGCAGGACGUGAGCCUCAGUGGCAAGCGUGCACAACUACGUCUGGAGAACGGUGGUGAUGUGACCAGUUCCGCGAAGGAAGAAUUUGAAGAACUGGUUGCCAGCAAUACCAGUGGCUUGAACAUCAGCAAUAAAUUCUUCAAAGCUAUGCCUUCGACUCUUCUGAUGCGUGGCAAUCAACUUGUGGUCGGGACAACCCAGGAUGAAACAGAUGUUGAGAAAGAAGCGUUGCCCUUCAAGGUGGUGCCGCAUCCGCCACCUGUUGUGCUGAAUGCGACGACAGGCUUUCUACUACCACACUUUGACUUGCAUACUGUCCGCAACGAAUACGUUGUGUGCGGUGUUCCUCACAUAGACCAGCUUCAUAGUUUCAUUCUGGACGAGCGGUUUGAUGUCGAAACGGAAGUGACAGAAUCCGUACGAGACUGCUUCAAUGAGCCGGUGGUAGAGAAACGUUUCCGCGCAGUGCGGAAUGCCAGCUGCGACUAUUGUGAGAGCUACCUGCCGUGGAAUGGCAACUAUGACGUUUUGGCAACCCUCUCGCCACAGCAAUGCGUCCUUCGAGCCAUAGACCUGAAUGAUCGAACAGCAUUGAACCAAACGAUGUCAUGGUAUACGCUUGGGUAUCUUCAACAACAUGCGAAUGCAUGCGGCUUUGCGCAGAAAGCAGUGCGACUAGAGCGCUGGGAUAUGUUGAAGGAAUUGGCUUUGUAUUUUGAUGCAGACUGCGCUGGUUGUGAAGAGACUCCACUUGGAGUGGCUGCGGCAAAAGGGCGUUUGCCCGCAUUGGAGCACUUGUUGGACGAGGAGACAGGUGUGCACGUGGAUACCUUGGAUGCGAAUAACUUCACUGCUUUGGUCCAUGCAGUUCGGAACUGCGAGUUGGAAGCGACGAAGUUUCUCCUUGACAAAGGGAGUAACGUGAACCACUUGUUUCUUCCGUUUCCAGAUGCCGAGUGUCCAGCGACGCCCUUGUUUCUGGUUUUUCGCCAUGAUGGACGUGGGGAUCUACAAGGCCAAGGAACUUGCCACGCCAAGGAUAAGACGACACCAAAGACAGACCACGUUGAGAGCAUGGUUCUGCUCCUCAAUCGUUCUGGCGCCAGCUUUUCCAUUAAAGGCCGAAAUGGCUGCUUGAAAAGAACUGCGCUCAUGGAGGCCAUGAACAGCAAAAGCUGGCCCGAAGUUGAACUCUUGCUGAAGCUCGGCGUUGAUGCGAAUGAAGAAGGCGAUGCUCGAGUGGGUGCGGUGCAGCGGCCCCUGAUAGCUCUGGUGGACCAGUUUCUCUCUCAGGAGAGCAUGGAGUGGACAACCUUCACCAAAGUUGCUGAUCUCCUUUUACAUCACGGCGCCGAUGUGAAUGCAGCGGAUGGUCACUUUCGAAAGACAUCCUUGAUGAAGGCUGCGCUCGAAUGCUCAAUCGAGCUGGUGGACUUCUUGAUGCAACAUCAUGCUUCCACCAACAUCAAGGACUCAGACGGUGACACUGCAGAAGCUGAUGCAGCCUGGGGAUGCAGAAAAAAUGUGACGGCCAAAGACAAAAUGAUGCUACUGCUCCGGGCCGGUGAAUGA